CACGAUUGGCUGCACAUCUCCCCACAGCUCAGCCUGCAGGCCCACAGCAUGGCCAACGUUCUCUUUCCAGGGAUGGCCAAGCCCCACCUAACCCAUGGGGAUUUCUUUCAAACCUCCCCUUCACCAGGGGGUGCCGUUCCCUUUGCAGAAUGAAUAUAGAAUCACCAGUGUGCUGUCCCACAUUGGGUCGAAUAUGAGACACGGCCAUUACAUCUGUGAGAGCUGCGACUGCAACACACACUGGCUCUCAUUCGACAACGAGAGGGUGCAGCAGCUGGACCAGAAGUCUGUAUUGAGGCAGAGGUCAAACUCCGCCUACAUCCUGUUUUAUGAGUACAGUAGCGGAAAGACACAUCCUAACAAAAACUAACCAAAAGUAUGAAUUACAUUGUUGUAUAUAUAGUUAAUGGUAAGUAUGGUAAGUAUUUCAUGUAAUUAUUUAUAUUGUAUUGAGAUAGAUGUGUUAGACUGUAACUGAAAUUUGAUACAUCCUUAAAAGUAAAAAAUACAUAACAUACCAUAUAUCAAUAAAAUGAGAACAAAUAAGAUUAUAACAGUAAGAUAUGGAAAACAAGUUGUGUAUAUUGUGUAAAUAAUGCUGUAAAUAAUGCAAAUGCAUGUAAUCUUGUCAACCCUGUUACUCCAGAAAAGUAACAGCAUUCACGGUAACAGGGUUGAUGAAAAAUAUCAUAACUAGGCCAUGUGGAAAAGAUAUUGGCUCUACAUUGUGCGCAUUAAAAAAGGGCUUUUAUGUAAAUUUAGCAUAAAUGGUAAUAAUGGUAAUUUUGAAUACUUAAUAAAAUUGUUUCUCUAUGUAUUCAUGAUCACUGGGCUGACACAUCGAGCUUUAAGAAAUCAUUUGAUUUGACUUUAUAUUAUCAGAUACACAUUGUGAACAUACAAUAAAUGUAGUUCAUUUAUUGUUAGUUCAGAUUAACAGAGCAAUUUGUCCUACGGAUGUAAAAUGGCACAUUUUCAUAGAAUGACCAAAAUAAAUAAUUUUUAUGUACUUGAAUAAACUGUUGAAACCACACAUGCAUUAUGUAGUAUUUCUGUUCAGCUGAAUGUCAUUUUAAUCAACAUUUUGUAAAGUUUUAAGUGUAAACUUUUAUGAAAAGAGGAAUGACAUAUUUGGGAAAUGAAUUUCAUGUUCAGUGUAUAAAUCUGGUUUAAUAAAUUCUUGUUUUGUGUUUCUAUUAAUUCUUCACCAUUUGUAUUUUCUGUGUGUAUUUUUGCCUUUGUGGUUUCAUUGAAUGUAAUAACAUGAGAGAUGAAAAAUAACUGGGAAUGUCAGUUCAAAACAAUAAAUACUAA